ACAGGAGGCCCGUUACCGGAUAAGGAUUUUGAGACGACGUCCGUUAGAAGCAUUCGCUGGCCAUCGGCUGCGAACAAAGCAGCAGCUGCAGGCCGUGGAUAACACCGAGCAGUGAGCUUCCGCUGGCCGCGCUCAACGGAGUGCGAUAAUGGUGGCGGUGCUGACAUUGACGCCUGCCACGGGUACGCGAAGCCAUCGCUUCCAUCCUCUCCUCCUUUUCAACUCCAAGCUUCCUCCCCCCUUCCUUUUCCCUAAAAAUGCUUCCUUUAGCGGUGGACGCCUUGUGUCCGCCUCUUUCUGCGGCACUCUUGCCGCCGCCGCCGCCGCCUCGUCCUCCUCCCCCGACCCCCGAUCUUCCAAGGAGACAGACGUCGAGCUGCUGCUCCACGACAAACCCUAUCCUAUCCCCGUCCCCGAAGAAGAGGAGCCUGCCCCGGCACGCCCCGACCCCGAGGAGGCUUUGGCCCCCUUCUUGAAGUUCUUCAAAUCAAGGGAUCCUUCGGAGGAGUACAACACUAUUACAGUGGAAGAGAGAGAUGGCAAGACUGUCGAGGAGGAGGAGAAGGAGACAGUGAGCGUCCAGUACUACGACCCCAAGCCUGGGGACCUUGUGGUGGGCGUUGUCGUAUCGGGUAACGAUAAAAGGCUCGAUGUUAAUGUUGGGGCUGAUAUGCUCGGGACGAUGCUGACCAAGGAGGUGCUGCCUCUGUACGAAGCGGAGCUACCCUACCUUCUAUGUGAUCGGCAUGAGGACGUUUCUGAAUUUGCGGUGCCAGGGAAAAUGGGAGUUCUCAGCGACGAGGAAGCGUUCAGUGGAGGGAAGGCACCUGGGAAGGCCAUCGUUGACGUUGGAACUAUUCUCUUUGCAGAGGUCCUUGGUCGAACACUUAGCGGACGCCCUCUCCUGUCCACAAGGAGGAUGUUCCGACGGGUAGCAUGGCACCGAGUGAGGCAGAUAAAGCAACUAAAUGAGCCAAUUGAAAUUAAAAUAUUUGAAUGGAACACAGGUGGCCUACUAACCAGAAUCGAGGGCCUGCGAGCAUUCCUACCAAAAGCUGAGUUGAUGACCAAGAUAAAGAAUUUCACAGAUUUAAAAGAAAAUGUUGGCCGCAAGAUGUAUGUGUGCAUUACCAGGAUUAAUGAAGCAACUAAUGACUUGAUUAUUAGUGAGAGAGAAGCCUGGGACAUGAUGAACCUGAAAGAAGGAACUCUUUUGGAAGGAACUGUAAGGAAAAUUCUUCCAUAUGGAGCACAGAUUAGAUUAGGUGACACAAACCGAAGUGGAUUACUUCAUAUCUCAAAUAUUACUCGAGCCCGUGUUGCAUCCAUAAGUGACAUAUUAAAAGUGGAUGAAAAAGUAAAAGUUCUUGUGGUCAAGUCAAUGUUUCCUGACAAAAUAUCUCUUAGCAUUGCAGAUCUUGAAAGUGAGUCAGGACUACUACUCUCAGAUAAGGAGAAAGUAUUUUUUGAGGCUGAAAAGAUGGCUAAAAAGUAUCGAAGAAAACUACCCGUUAUUUCUGCAAAGCACAACAAAUUAGACUCACUUCAGACUGAUUUGCUUCCCUUCGAUGAUGAAGCUAGAUUAUAUGCAAACUGGAGAUGGUUCAUAUUUCAGCAGCAUGCCGAAGUAAAUGAAGACAACACUGUUGUGUCAGAAUGCUCAAGUUAAUGAAUAUAUAUUGAUAUGAAGUCGGAGGUUUGGAUAUCACAUCACAUAACUUCCAGGUCAGAAAAAAAGUUUGCCUAUCUGUUUAUAGUGUUGCAGUAGUGAGUUGAAGAAUCAUUCUCAUAACUCAUUUUAAGAAUGAGAAAAACCACCCUGCUAAUUUUCCUUUUAAGAAUAUAGGCAUCUUGUAACUCAAAACCAUUUUGUUUUCAUUUUAUUCACUAUAUGUCAUACCGACAAUGCAAACUGUUCCUAUUAGGACCAAAAUAUUGGUCUUUUCACACAUCUUUUGGAGGACUUGAGAUUUAUGUACUUGUAGGUAUGACUCUCGUUUCGUGUCAUGAGGUAUUUAUUUCAAUACUCAAAGUUCCUUCUA